ACCAGGUUGAUUUCGCACCUUGAUCUCACCUCACAUCAUUUCAUGCUCCUGAUACCUCUCCUAUAAACCAGUCGCCUGUGAUUCAAGUCGUGCUUCACUCUGAUACAUACCCGGCCCCCUUCGUCGUUGCAUUGCUCGUCUCCCUGUGAACUAUCCACAUGUCCAGCCAACGCUCAGGAUCGAUGGACUCGGCGCAAGACAAUAUCAGAAAGCGCGUGUGCAAAGCAUGCGAUCGCUGUCGCCUCAAGAAGUCAAAGUGCGAUGGCUCUAGCCCUUGCAGUCGGUGUAAGGCCGACAACGCCAUAUGCGUCUUUGGCGAGCGGAAGAAGUCACAAGACAAGGUCUAUCCUAAGGGAUAUGUUGAAAUGCUCGAACAACAGCAAACCCAACUAGUCGCUGGUCUGCGGGAGCUCUACAGCAGAAUCCAAAAUGGUGAAGGUUGGCCUGGGGUGCCCCUGGCCGAGGCCCAAGGCGGACAUCCUCUCACUCACGAUAUCCUCGAGAGACUCGACCUUCUGCAUCCUGCCCAUGACAGCGGCACUAACUACGACGGCUUCGAAGACGACUGCACCCGGAUGCAGCAGCGUCUGCUCGAAAGAGGUGCCAGAUACCUCCAGCGAAGUAACUCUGUGAGCUCCGACUCUGACCACGGUCACGUCUCUUCGCCUUCUUCAUACAACGGCACGCCGACGACUCAGGCCGCGCCAUUUGGUGAUGCGUUCACACGCAACAAUGCGCCGCCGACACCUCCAAUGAACAGUCCUUUCCCAAGGCAAUCGCAGAUCACGACAUCCAUGAAAUCCGAGACACCGUUUGGCGCGCCAAACUAUCUGCGCACAGGUCUAGACAACAGCCUGGUCCGUCCUUCGUGGCCAGUGGAUCCACCAAUGAUGGACGAUGCGACUAUGGACUACAAGUACCUGAACACCUUCGAUCCGAUGAACUACGAUCCAAACACCAUGAUUCUCGAACCUUUCGUCAUAAAUCCCUCUUCCAACGGCUCGAUGAUGAGCGACUGGGACCCCAAUACCGACCUCGACUUUGCGAAUUUCAUCAACCCAGUGAACUCAUAGUUCUGGAACGUUAGUCUUUGAGUCGGGUGGUCCAAUUUGCAGCGUUCAAGCGUGGGGUCGUCUUUGCACGACGGUAGCAUUGAUUGGUUGACGGUUUACGGGCGUUUGGAGUAUCGGGAGACAAUGAUGAGGUCAUGUCUGGAGAAAUCUGCUCUCUCAGUGCUCUGGAAAAAUUGUGGACAACGCAUAGUAAUGACGUUGAAGAUUCUUUCAACCAUCGUCAGCAUUAACUCCGCGGCUAUGUCCGUGGAGAUAAUUUCAAAUAGACAAAAUUCAAACAAUGCCG